UUGCUCUCCAACCAGCCCCAUUCUUCUUUGCUGCAAAACUUGUUGCGCCUUCUGAACUAAAACCCCAAAUCCCUUAUCCAAAUCGGGGUUCUUUUUCAUCAGUGAAGGCAGAGACACGACCACGGUCUAAUGGUCUUGUUUCCGACAUUCUAAUUCACUCUGUAUCGUCGGAAAUUUCUCUCUCUAAUACACGAAGAAGAUGUUAUCUAUGGCAAUUCAAUCUGGUCUUAGCAGUGUUUUCACUGUGUCCCCAUUUCCUUGUCAGACCCUUAGUUGCAAGACAGUUAAAACCAGCAUUUUCGUCAAUCCCAAACCCAAUAUGUUACCCUCUUCAACCAUUCUUGAACCAAAAAUCAGACCCAUUUCCAGAAACCAAAGAAUAAUAGGUUUUGCAGCCCCAGAAGCUCUUGCAGCUGAAACGCCAAUUGAAGCGGAAGAAGCCACGGAAGUGGAAGAAUCAAUCCCCAAGCAAGAAAUUGAGAAAGUUGAAGUGACGGUGAAGCAAGUGGAGAAGCCAAGGCUGGUGUUGAAGUUCAUAUGGAUGGAGAAAAACAUUGGGUUGGCUCUUGAUCAGGUAAUUCCUGGACAUGGUACUGUUCCCUUGAGUCCAUACUAUUUUUGGCCAAGAAAAGAUGCAUGGGAAGAGCUUAAGACCACUCUAGAGAGUAAGCCAUGGAUAUCCCAGAAGAAGAUGAUCAUCCUUCUCAAUCAGGCCACUGAUAUCAUCAAUUUGUGGCAGCAAAGUGGUGGCAAUCUUACCACAUAAUGGAACAUACAUGUUGGUUUUUUUUCCAAGUUAAUUGCUGUGUUUUAGGUGUUGAGUUGGCUGAUUUGUUUACAAGAUUCUUCUUGUACCUUCAUGUCUAGAAUAUUUGAGGAAUCUGUUAUCAUAAUUCAAUUAUGUUCAUGGCUGAGGGUAUUUGCAUUUGCUGGUUUCUGUAACCAUAUAUUUCAGUGAUACAUGAAUUCUCCAUUGGUAUUA